GAGUCGUGGCUCCUUCUCCCCCGGCAGUCGCUCGCUGAGAUGGCGGAGGCUGCGGCGCUGGUGUGGGUUCGCGGCCCCGGCCUCGGGUGCCAGGCGGUGCGCUGUGCCUCGGCCUCGUGCUCCGUACGCGAUGUGAUCCGCCGACACUGCCAGGAUCAGGAUGUUCCAGUGGAAUGCUUCUUUGUGAAGUGCGACGGAUCGCUCACGGACACCAGUGACAGGGUGCGGCAUGGCGCCGUCUAUAGUCUGGAACCCAGGCUCCGCGGUGGCAAAGGAGGGUUCGGAUCUAUGCUCCGCGCACUUGGUGCUCAGAUCGAGAAGACGACCAACCGAGAGGCUUGCCGGGACCUCAGCGGGCGGAGGCUGCGAGAUGUCAACCACGAGAAGGCGAUGGCCGAGUGGGUGAAACAGCAGGCCGAGCGAGAGGCUGAAAAGGAGCAGAAGCGUCUGGAGCGGCUGCAGCGGAAGCUGGCGGAGCCCAGACCCUGCUCGGCCAACCCCGCCUACCAGCGGCAGUGCCACGAGAUGGCCGAGCGCCUGGAGGACUCGGUCCUCAAAGGUAUGCAGGCUGCUUCCAGCAAGAUGGUGUCGGCGGAAAUUGGGGAGAGUCGGAAACGACCCAACAAAUCAAAAACGGACAGAGGAGCCAGUUCAGGGAAGAGGAAAUGCUUUUGGUUGGGCACGGAAGGACUAGAGACCGCGGAGGAGUCUAGCUCAGAGACCUCGGAUGGCGACGGGGAAGAAGCUCCCGGCACUUCCGGAGUGAGCUUCCACACUCCCAGAAACGGCGAUGGCGCUGAGGCGGCAGCCGAAUCUGCCGGCAGCUGUCCGAGGGCGGGCGUGCGGGCUGCGGACUCUAGGCCCCCGGAGCCGCCGCAGGCGCCCGGGCCAGGCUCCGGGUGUGCAGUCUCCGCAGACGCCGGGCCGGGCCGGACCUCCGCCUGGGGGCGCGAGCAGGGGACCGUGGCCGUGGAAACAGAGAAGAGCCUGGAGCAGGGAGGGGCCGGGGAUAAAUUCAUGGUCGUCAGUGAUACUGGUCUGGCAACUCUAGACUUGCUGGCAUUCACCUCCGCGGCGGAAAUGGAGGCGCUGGGCUUGGACAGGCUCAAGAGUGAACUGACGGCCCGGGGGCUGAAAUGUGGGGGCACCCUGCGGGAGCGGGCCGCCAGGCUCUUUUCUGUCCGCGGCCUGGCCAGGGAACAGAUGGACCCCGCUCUGUUCGCCAGGCCGCCGAGGGGGAAGAAGAAAUGAAUGGCCGUGGCCGAUUUCCUCCUCCUGUAUCGUCUGGCGUUUCUAACGUGCAUAGUGGUGGCUCUUGGCCAUUCUUCCUGUUGAUAUUAAAGCUGACUU